CAGCUUCAUCAAAGACACACUGAACAGAUGGAAACUGGAGCUGAUGGAGAGGACUGUGGAGGACCAGAACCAGCCAGGAACUCAGAUCCAGAUACACAUUUACAACCUGAGACUGAUGACCAGACUGGAGAGUCUUCUGAACCUGAGACUGAUGACAGUGAUGAUUGGACAGAGACCAGAGAAUAUCAGUUAGGCUUAAAGUCUCUUAAAAAUGAUGAAGACCCUGUUAGUGAUUCGAAAUGUAGUGCUGGUGAGAAACCAUUUAGCUGCUCUGAGUGUGGGAAAAAAUUUGGUAAAAGUGGAAUUCUGAAAGGACACAUGAGAACUCAUACAGGAGAGAAACCAUUUCGCUGCUCUGAAUGUGGGAAAAGAUAUGGCCGCAAGCCUGAUCUGAAGAGGCACAUGCUAACUCACACAGGAGAAAAACCUUUCAGCUGCUCUGAUUGUGAGAAAAAAUUCAACACCAAGACAGGUCUGAAGAGACACAUGUUGAUUCACACAGGAGAGAAACUUUCUACCUGCUCAAUUUGUGAGAAAUCUUUUGUACAGAUUGGAUAUCUACAAUUACAUAUGAGAACACACACAGGAGAGAAACCAUUUUGCUGCUCUGAGUGUGGGAAAAAAUUGCGCACCAAGACACAUCUGAAGCAACACAUGAGAUCCCAUACAGGAGAGAAACCUUUCAGCUGUUCACUUUGUACGAGAUCUUUUACACAGAGUGGAAGUUUACAGAAACACAUGGCCUGCCACACAGGAGAGAAACCAUUUAGCUGCUCUGAGUGUGGGAAAAGUUACCCUCGCAAGUACUCUCUUGUUCUUCACAUGAAAACCCACUCAGGAGAGAAACGUUUCAGCUGCGGUAUUUGUGAUCAUAGAUUUACUCACCCCAAAUACCUCAGAGACCAUAAGUGUGUUGGUCGUCAGUCCUCACAGCCUGAUCGAAGUCAAACUGAGGAGAACAGAGAGGCAGAACCUCCAGCCAGCAGCUCAGCUGAACAGAUGGAAAAAGAAGCUGAUUGA